AAUAAGAAACUAUUGGUUUAAGAAACCAACAAUUAAAUAUAAUUUGAAAACAAUAUUUGUUUUAUACAGAUUAUAAAUAAAAAAUUCAUCCCAGUCAGUUUGUCAGGAUAAGUUAAGCUUUAAAGUCGUUUUAGAAAAAAACAAAAAUGUGUUUCAAGAUUCUGUUAGAAUGUCUGAUGCUCUUCCAUAUGUCAAUACUAACAGAAGCUCUUAUUGACCCAGACUCAGGAUAUGCUAUCUUGGCAUCUAAAAUUGAUGUCAUAAAUGAAGAAAUGUCCAUGUUGCGUAAGGCACUGAUUUCAACACAGGUCAAACUGGCAUCAACACAAACAGAGCUAGGAAAAGUGAAAAAGGAAUGUGGAAUUACUAAAGGAAUUACAUCUGCUGCUACCACAGUCACACCUACAGAAAGCACUGUGGCACCAACACCAGAGGAGACUUGCUGUCAACUGGUGGAGACUGCUAUCAAUGAAAUCAAGCAAGAGCAACAGGAUGUAAGAACUCACUUAGAAGCCUUAAUAGAAAACAAAGUGCGAAACUUGAAUGAAGAGAUAUCAAAUACUGCCAUGGGUCUGCUAACAACAAAAAAAGGACUGGCAAAACUUACUGAAGACCUCCGUGGUUUAUCCAACAAUUACAGAAGACUGAAGGAAAAAGUAGAAAACCAUUUAUCCAGUUACAAAGCAGUUAUAAAAAGUGAGAUAGAAAAUGCUGAUCACUGUCAGUCUGGGAAUUUCAUCAGAUACAAAGUGUUCCCUGACACAGUCACUGUUGUGUUCAAAAAGCCAUUUAGUCGCAAACCUGUGUUUACUAUGGGAACAUCAAUGCUCGAUUUUUAUGCAGACAAAAACUUGAGAGUACGUCUUUCUGUUCGUCAACUGUCAACUACACAAAUCCAAAUUGAUAUCAAUGUAUGGGCUGAUACAGUGGCCCAUGCUGUUGGUGUAUGGUGGAUGGCGUGUCCAGCUUAAAGGCCGACUAUCCCAAUAUAAUUGUGAAUCAGAUGGACAAGUAACCCCAACUGGAAAAUAACUACCAUGUAAAUGUUUGUUUGUUUUUGCUGGGUUUAAUGUCGCAACAAUACAACUACUUAGUAUAGGUCAUAUGGAUAAGUUGAUUUUUACAUUUAUUUCUAAUAAUGAUACGCAGUCAAUCUUUGCAAAUUAACAUGACAGUAAUUUGUUAAGGAAGCUUACAACUUCUGAUCUUAAAAUGAUUGUUACAUUUUUAGAAUUCUUCAGUCUGAAAAACUGUAUGAAUAAUCCAAGGGCAAUAAUUCAGUGAAAACUCACCAUAUAAGAACAUGUCGAAAAGAUGAUCAUCUCCUCUUGAGAGUGAAGCAUCCAAUGAAUUUUCGCAGAAUUCCGGCUAUUAAUUGCUAAGAAAUACUCUGGAUAAAAAUGGUACUAUAGUAUACUAAUGUUGAACAAGCAAAGGGCAAUAAUUCAGUAAAUUUAUCUGAUCAGAACAUGAUCGAGAUCUCCUCUUGGGAAUGAAAGCAGGAUUCUGUUUAUUAUAGGCAACCUUAGAUAGCUGAUUCCCACUUAUGAGUGUCCAAAUUCUCAAGUUUCUGGUAUUUUCUCAGAAUACCAUUUUCUCUCUGAGUUCAUCUCAACAGACUUAUACAAGAGGGCCAUGAUGGCCCUAUAUCGCUCACCUGAGUACCACUGCUUUAACCAAAAAGAAAAAAUUCUUACAAGGUACAGAUAUGUCAAAAUACACCUAAAAAUUGGAGGUACCAUUCAUGCUGUACCACAGAAAAGUGGUCUCAGUUUUUCCCUACGGCCAAUAAUAAAAAAGUUACUAAAUAAGCUAUUUAUAGUAACAUAAAAGGGAAGUAAUAAAAAACAAGAGCUGUCACUAAUGGUGACAAAUGCCCCCGCAGCGCCUUGACCUUUGAGCUUGACCUUUGACAUGGUGACCCCAAAGUCAAUAGGAGUUGUGUACUCAAUAAGUACUAUUAGCAUGUGAAGUUUGACAGUCCUGUGUGCAGUGGUUCGCGAGUAAAGUGCCUUCAUGCAAAAAGUUAACAUUGGUCCCUGUGACCUUGACCUUUGACCUGGUGACCCCAAAGUCAGUAGGGGUCGUGUACUCAAUGAGCACUAUCAGCACAUGAAGUUUGAAGGUCCUUGGUAAAAUGGUUCGCAAGUAAAAUGCCUUCAAGCAAAAGGUUAACCUUGGCCACUGUGACCUUGACCUUUGACCUGGUGAACCCAAAGUCAGUAGGGGUUGUGUACUCGAUGAGUACUAUCAGCACGUGAAGUUUGAAGGUCCUGGGUGCAGUGGUUCGCAAGUGCCUUCAUGCAAAAAGUUAACCUUGGCCUCUGUGACCUUGACCUUUGACCUGAUGACCUCAAAGACAAAAGGUGUCAUGUACUCAAUGAGUACUAUCAGCAUGUAAAGUUUGAAGGUCCUGGGUGCAGUGGUUCGUGAGUAAAGUGCCUUCAUGCAAAAAGUUAGCGUUGGCCCCUGUGACCUUGACCUUUGACCUGGUGACCCCAAAGUCAGUAGGGGUCAUGUAGUCAAUGACUACUAUCAGCAUGUGAAGUUUGAAGACCCUGGGUGUAGUGGUUCGCGAGCAAAGUGGCUUCAUGCAAAAAGUUAACGUUGUGACUAACGAACGGAUAGUUGAAAACUAAUAUGCCUCCCUUCAGGGGGCAUAAAAAAUACUGUAAGCAACAAAAGAAAGAUCUGCCAAAUAAAAAUAAGAGCACUGCAGUGCAACGCAAAUGCAGAGAAAUAUUCACAUAAAACAAAGUCAUAUGACCUUUGACCCCUAAGUGUGACCUUGACAUUGAAUUUAGCCAUCUGAAACAUGCACUCUGCACAUCCAAUCAAUGAGUGAACAUUUCUAUCAGGUUUCUCUGAAAUCCAUCAUGGGGUUCAAAAGUUACAGAGUGGAAGGAAAACUGCUAACCAACACACAAGACAGACAGAUGGACACCGAGGCGAUAACAUAAUACGUCCCUGUGGGCGUAUAAAAAAGAAUCGAGAUCUUAUGAUGAUACAAGUUGUGUGCAAGUUUGGUAAAAAUCAAAUCAUAAAUAAAGCUGCUGUUGUGCAGACAAGGUCAAAAUAGAUCAUUUUGGGCCAGGGGCCAUAACUCUGGAACCCAUAAUGGAAUCUGGCCAGUUCCAGAAAAGAACCAAGAUCUUACGGUGAUACAAGUUGUGUGCAAGUUUGGUUAAAAUAAUAUCAUAAAUGAAACCACUAUCGUGCAGACAAGAAAUUGUUGACAGAUGCACGCACACACGCACGAAUGGACACACGGACUGACUACGGACGAAGGGCGAUCACAAAAGCUCACACCUUGUCACUAUGUGACAGGUGAGCCAAAAAUGAGAUUCUGAAGUUAUAUAACCUCACCAAAAGGGAUUAGUACCACCUGUUAAUAGCCACCCUAAAUUCGAGUUAGAUUCAGAGAAAAAAGAUACUGUAAAAUUUUCAAGAAAGUGCCAUUAAACAGGAUUAAAUGGUAGAGGUAUGGCAGGUAUUUUUUACCUGCAGCUAUUAUUUUUACUAUUUUUUGUGAACAAAAUCAGAUUUGUAAAUAUUGGCCUCGUAUAAAUUCGCCGCAUAAAGUCAAGUAAAUUGGUAAACCUUGUGAUUUCGUUAAUUUUAAAAUCUUAUAAAAUAAAAUCAUGUGUUUUUACCCCAAAUCUAUAAACUUUUACAGCAGUAAAAAAAAACAGUUAUAUAGUAUGUAUUUGUUUUGAAGGACUCUACAAACUGGCAUGCAUGCUGCAGUCUUUAUUGUUCAACCACAGUCUAUCAGUAGUCCACUUUUCAAUAAAAGUCAUCUGUGGCCUCUCCCAACUUUUCAUAUUCCUGAUCAUUCUUUCUUUUCAGCUGCGAUGUGCCAUUUUAAUUAAGCUCUAAAACAUCUUCGAUAAGCCUUCGCCUUCAACCAAUGUAAUUUUACAGGUACAUGCAUUAUUUGAUAUGCAGUAAAUAUGUGUGUA